UGUGGACAUCCAUAAAGAAAAGGUCGCUCGCAGAGAGAUAGGCAUUUUGACGACCAAUAAGAACACAUCGAGAACUCACAAAAUUAUAGCGCCAGCGAACAUGGAACGUCCUGUAAGGUAUAUUCGCAAACCUAUAGACUACACGGUGCUGGAUGAUGUUGGCCAUGGCGUAAAGCAUGGAAAUAACCAGCCUGCAAGAACUGGCACCUUGUCAAGAACAAAUCCGCCUACACAAAAACCACCAAGUCCUCCUAUGUCAGGCCGGGGAACUCUGGGACGAAAUACUCCUUACAAAACCCUGGAGCCAGUCAAACCACCAACAGUCCCCAAUGAUUACAUGACCAGUCCUGCUAGACUGGGCAGUCAGCACAGUCCUGGAAGGACAGCUUCCUUGAACCAGAGACCAAGGACACACAGCGGUAGUAGUGGAGGAAGUGGCAGUCGAGAGAAUAGUGGAAGCAGCAGUAUUGGCAUUCCCAUUGCCGUGCCUACACCUUCGCCGCCAACCAUUGGACCAGCACACAUUUCUGUUCCUCCUCCUCCUGGAGCCCCGCCAGCACCACCACUGCCACCACCUCUCCCGAUGGGCAGUCUGAUAGCUGCUCCGGGUUCAGCUCCUGGUUCCCAGUAUGGCACAAUGACCAGGCAAAUCUCGCGACACAACUCUACCACUUCUUCAGCAUCUUCUGGUGGAUACAGACGGAAUCCUUCUGUGACUGCCCCAUUUUCUGCUCAACCUCAUGUUAAUGGCGGGCCUCUUUAUUCUCAAAAUUCAAUUUCUAUUGCUCCACCCCCUCCCCCUAUGCCUCAGUUGACUCCACAGAUACCUCUCACAGGCUUCGUGGCCAGGGUGCAGGAAAACAUUGCUGAUAGCCCGACUCCUCCCCCCCCACCGCCUCCCGAUGAGAUGCCGAUGUUUGAUGACUCUCCUCCUCCUCCACCCCCACCCCCCGUGGAUUAUGAGGAUGAGGAGGCUGCUGUUGUGCAGUACAGUGAUCCCUAUGCAGAUGGAGAUCCUGCUUGGGCACCUAAAAACUAUAUAGAGAAAGUUGUUGCUAUAUAUGACUAUACAAAGGACAAAGACGAUGAGCUGUCGUUUAUGGAGGGUGCAAUCAUUUAUGUGAUAAAGAAGAACGAUGAUGGCUGGUAUGAAGGAGUUUGCAAUCGAGUAACUGGCUUGUUUCCUGGGAAUUAUGUUGAAUCAAUCAUGCACUAUGCCGAUUAAAAUCCUUUGCUUUUCCAAGCUGGGUCUUGUAUUCAGUCAUACCAUGAUUAUUUACAAGGGGUAACUAAAAGCUAACAGAAUUGUCUUAAUAUACUUUCAAAAAAAAUGUGCCCAUUUCUUCAGGCCAUACUGUUUUAAUGGUAUGAUUGAAUGUCCAUCUCUCUAAGUCUCUGGAGACAGUGUGUCUUACCUGAUGGCAAUUUGUAAAACAAGCAACUGUCUAUAACUGGUUAUACUUAUUUACUUAUGCAUUGUUAAUUUUAUGACCAGCCUAAAUAUUCUGGGGAAGUAGGGUAUAAUAUUUAAUGAACCAUGAUCAGAUUGUGCCAUUACAUUUUUCAGUACAGCAUGGUAACUAACACUACGUUAGACUAACAUAUUAAAAUCUGGAUGAGAAGUUUAAUGUUAGUGCUGGUCAUAUUACUUUUUGUUUAGACUCUUUGCUCAUUCUUGAACUAUAUUUGUUUAAAGCAUGCAUACAAACUUAUGUAUUGAAAUAUACUUUUUUAAAAAUCCAAGAUGCUUCCAAUUGUUGUAAUCUUUACCUGGAGUAUUCUCACUAAAGUCUAUUACAAUGAGUUGUUUGGGUCUAAGGUGUCCAUGUGAAUCAAAAAAUGGGUGGUCUUAUGUAUGUGUAAUUUGUACCCAAGUUUUUUUAAUGAGUAAAUUUACAUUAUGACUUUUUUCCAUUCAUAAAUAUAUAAGUGAACCAAA